AUGGAGCGGUUACUACGGCCCGAGCGGUUUGUUACUGACCCAAACGCCACCAACGCCGCUCAGGAAUGGCGUCACUGGCUCAAGACGUUCCAAAACUUCACUCUAGCAGUAGAAGAAAAUACUCCCACCGUGGACAAGCUGCGUCUCUUAAUAAACUACGUUGCUCCACGUGUGUUCGACUACAUAGCUGACUGCACUACGUAUGAUGCGGCUGAAAAAUCCCUAACAGAACUGUUUGUGAAGCCCAAGAAUGAAGUAUUCGCAAGGUAUGUGCUUGCAACACGACGCCAAGAACCCGGUGAGUCGCUUGACCAGUUUCUUCAGGCAUUAAAGUUAUUAGCUAAAGAUUGCCAGUUCAAAGCAGUGACUGCUGUAGAAGCUUGUGAUAACUAUGUGAGAGAUGCUUUCAUUAAUGGGCUAGGUUCUGCCACAAUAAGGCAGCGCUUACUUGAAAAUAAAACUUUAGACUUACAGUCAGCCUUUGACCAGGCUCACACUCUAGAAACGGCACAGAAACUUUCUGCCUCUUAUGCUCAGCCAGGGGCUACAAACGCUGCCAUGGCACUCUCAUUAGACCUGGAGGACUCAGGAGGACAAGAAAGUGUAGAAGAAAAAGUUGACACAGUUUCUGCAGCUACAACUAGUGGUUUAAAGUGCUUCUUUUGUGGUUACACUCGACAUCCUCGCAGUCGAUGUCCAGCUAGAGAGGCUCUGUGUAUGAAUUGCAAGAAAAAGGGUCAUUAUGCUAAGGUCUGCCGAUCUCUGAAACAGACUAACAGUGCUUCAAACACCCAACAUUCCGCUGCUAUGCUCGCUACUUUAGCUGGGACUUCGCCCUCAUGCCUCAAUAAAUCAGUCCUUAGCUCUAAGAUCAAUGGUAUUCCAGUCAGUGCACUGAUUGACACUGGUAGCUCUGAGAACUUUAUUCAUAAGAAUAUUGCCGAGCAGAGUGGGUUACUCGUCUAUCCUGACAAUGGGGCAGUUUCUAUGGCUACUGUAUCGUUCUCUUCAAAAUUCCUGGGUCAGUGUUCUGUAGACUUAGAAUUGCAAGGAGAAACUUACCAUGGUGUGAAUCUCAAAGUGUUACCCGAUUUGUGUGCUGAUGUGAUUUUAGGCCAUAACUUUUUACAAAAUCAUUCUGUGCUCGAGAUGGCUUUUGGAGGAGAUAGACCUCCCCUUAGAAUAUGUGGAUUAGCUGCCGUCAAAGUUCCGGCUCCAUCUCUCUUCAGUAAUUUAGCACCAGACUGCAAGCCGAUUGCUGUAAAAUCCAGACGCUAUUCUGAGGCUGACAAGUUGUUUAUUGAAUCUGAGACCGCUCGGAUGCUACGUGAAGAGAUAAUUAGACCCAGUCAUUCUCCAUGGAGAGCCCAGGUAUUAGUAACUAAAGGAGAACAUCACAAGAAAAGAAUGGUUGUAGAUUAUUCACAAACAAUCAAUCGAUUCACGGGGCUGGAUGCCUACCCCUUACCACAUAUAGAUGAGAUUGUGAAUAAUGUUGCUAGAUUUAAAGUAUACAGCACGCUAGACUUGAGAAGUGCUUACCAUCAAGUGGGUUUAACAGAGGAAGAAAAACCCUAUACAGCCUUUGAAGCUUGUGGGAAGCUUUUUGAAUUUAAUCGUAUCCCUUUUGGGGUCACUAAUGGAGUGGCCAGUUUUCAAAGAGUAAUUGAUGGCAUCCUUGAGAAAGAAGGAGUGGAGGGCACCUUCGCUUAUGUAGAUGAUGUCUGUGUGUGUGGAGAUUCUGAGGAAGACCAUGAUAAAAAUCUGAAACAUUUUAUGGACGUUGCAAGAAGGUAUAACCUGACCCUGAAUCUUGAAAAGUGUAGUUUUCGACUCCGGUCUAUAAAGCUGUUGGGAUAUCUUAUACAAGAAGGAGAAAUUAGACCUGACCCGGAACGCCUCGAGCCACUGUUAAAACUUCCACUACCAAGCAACACAGGUUCUUUACGCAGAACAAUGGGAAUGCUUGCACAUUACUCCCGUUGGGUGCUGGGUUUUUCUGAGAAGAUCCGUCCUCUCUCUCAUGCCAAUGAUUUUCCCUUAUCUGCUGCCGCUGCAAAAGCUUUUGAAGGAUUGAAACAAGACAUUGCUGAGGCAGUGGUUCGAGCAAUCGACCCAACAGCUCCUUUCGCUGUGGAAACCGAUGCUUCAGAUCAUGCUAUUGCCGCUACCCUAACCCAGAAUGAACAACCAGUAGCUUUCUUCUCCCGAACACUUUCAAAUAGUGAACAAAGGCACUCAUCAGUGGAGAAGGAAGCUUAUGCCAUUGUGGAAGCCCUAAGGAAGUGGCGACACUAUCUCAUUGGACGCCAUUUUCGGCUUGUGACUGACCAGCGCAGUGUUGCUUUUAUGUUUAACUCUAAAUCAGCUGGUAAGAUUAAAAAUGAUAAAAUUGCUAGAUGGCGAGUCGAACUCUCCUGUUACCACUAUGACAUUGUAUAUCGCCCAGGUAAAAAGAACAUACCAGCUGAUGCAUUCUCACGUGUAUGUGGUGCCACCAGUGUGGAUGAAUUAAAGGAAUUGCAUGACAAUCUGUGUCACCCUGGAGUGUCUCGUAUGGCUCAUUUUGUCCGAUGUCGAAAUCUGCCUUAUUCUGUGGAAGAAGUGAAGAAGAUGACUAAUUCUUGCUCUGCAUGCUCUGAACUUAAACCUCGGUUUUGCAAGUUUGACUCUGGGCAUUUGAUUAAAGCUACUCAGCCAUUUGAAAGACUCAACAUAGAUUUUAAAGGACCACUUCCAUCACAUUCAAGGAAUAAAUAUAUCCUUACUGUUGUAGAUGAAUUCUCUAGAUUCCCUUUUGCAUUCCCUUGUUCAGAUAUGACUACUGGUACAGUAAUUCAGUGCCUGGUGCAGUUGUUUGCAAUCUUUGGUAUGCCUGCAUAUAUACACUCUGAUAGGGGAACUUCCUUUAUGUCUGAGGAGUUGAAAGAUUUUUUACUUAGAAAAGGGGUAGCAACUAGCCGUACGACUCCUUACAACCCUUGA